AUGAGUAAUUAUGGAAUUGAAACUGGCAGAAGAAGAAAGAGCCAGGCAUAUCCGGCGGAGCUAGAGGAGGAGAAGAACAAGAUCAUGUGCGCUUUUGAGCAGAUGCGCAACUUCCUGGAGGAGCUGCAGCACUUUUGGAUGACCGAACUGGAGGAUCUGGAGAAGGAGAUGAAGAAGAAAAAGGAAAUAAAUAUCGUCAAUCUCUCGGAGGAUAUCACCGGUCUCAGUGUGAAACGCACAGAAAUGGAGAAGAAUUGCCAACAGGCCACUAUUGAGUUCCUGAAGGGCAUCGGGACUACGGUGACCAGGUUUCAGGAGUUGAAAAGAAGGCGGACACUGCUGGGAACUCUCCAGGCAUGGAAGAGAGACUCAUAA